GCGGCCGCGUGCGCGCGUAGUGACGUCACUGCGCAGGGGGAGGGGCCCGAGUCCUCCUUUUCAACCUUGUCCCGGCUCCGGCCUUUCAGGCUCCCUCCUUGCCGGCUCCAAGUACAAGUCGCUCCUCCUCCUCCCUCGAACCGGACUGACCGCACACCGCCCGGCCAUGUCUCUUAUCACAGCCAGCCGCUUGUGCGCCCGCAUCAUCGGAGCCAAGGUGAGCCGUGACCGGGACAUAGUGACCAGGGCACUCCGGGGGGGGGGCAGGGCCUCAUUCAAUGGCUCACACCGCCCCAGCCCGGGGCAGAUAUCGCUGUAUCCAUUCCCCCACAUGGCUCUAGCUCGGCUUCCCUGUGUCCUGACUGCGGCUCCCCGAUCACAUUACAGGGAGUGUCCACAGGGCUGUAGGGGCUGGGUAGGACAUAGAUAUAGCUGUCAUACCUGGAUAGGAAAGGAGUGCCAGCUCCUGGGGUCAGUGUAUGGUUCCCCUCCUCUCUGCGGGGGUGUGAUGGCUAUCCUGGGGUCAGUGCAUGGUUCCCCUCCUCUCUGCGGGGUGUGAUGGCUAUCCUGGGGUCAGUCCAUGGUUCCCCUCCUCUCUGCAGGGGUGUGAUGGCUAUCCUGGGGUCAGUCCAUGGUUCCCCUCCUCUCUGCAGGGGUGUGAUGGCUCUCUUGGGGUUAAUUCUAGUUCCUUGUUUUGUGGACCCAGGACAUACUUAAAAACGAGUGAAAUCUCAAUGUAUCUUUCCUGGUAAAAUAUUUUAUAAAUAAAAUAAUGUGCACAGACCCACCAGUAAUUGUGCUGUUAUAUAACUCCAUGUAGAUUACUUAACUGGAAAAGACACCAGGUCUGCAGACUUUAUCUUGUGCCCUUCCAGGAAAGGUCACAAUUAAAAUGAGUGGCCAAGCUAGACUUCCAGUUACAUGGUAUUGAUUGUGUGAUAGUCACUGCACUAUUGGUAUAUGGAGAAAUUGAUAAAUAUACUUAAUAAUGGUUAAUUAUUUAAUGUUCUCGGGCUCAGAUAUAUUCUAUCGAAAUUAAAUCCUAUUGACUAACUUGGCCUUGUGUUGCCUACCCACUCCUCUUAGAUUCCACUAGACUAGAUUAUUAAUCUGCAUAUUUAGCUUGAAUCCAUGUUUCUAUUUCAGAAAAUCCUAUUUCACUUGUGUUGUUAUUCUUUUACACCAGUAAAGAUUUGCUUCUGGUCAAUCUGAAUGAGCACUAUUACAGUAAUCAAGACUAAAAAAAAAAAACACAAGUCCAUCAAGUUUAACCAUCCUCACCUUUUUUUCUUUUUGCCUCUGUUGUAAUGUUUCACUUGGCAACACAGCUGAUACUGAAAAUGGACUGUCAUAAACUGUUAAUUCUCAGUGCUGUGUACAUUAAUUCACCCUGCUUAACUGAAUGUAGAUUUAUUUAUUUAUUUCUAAAAAGUUACCCCUUGUCCAAAAAUCACUUUAGUUUUAUUUUGACUGAUGGAUAUGACAUGCCAACACUGUUCCAGCCAUUGAAAAGUGAACCUGUCAAGUAAAAUUACACAAAUGGAAUGAAUGCAUCACCAACACUUUAAAGAUUGAUUUAAAAAAAUAAAUUGCAGUUUAUGUGCUAUUGACAUAUAACUUACAGUAGUAUAUAUAGCCAGUAAGUAUGCUCUUAACCACCUUUACAGACACUAUCCUUUCAACUCUUGUAUUUCCUACAAACUUUGCCUGCAGAAUGUAUACAUACAAUAUAAUUGCUUCUUUAAAGUUGACAUUUUUCUUCAUUCACCUAUUUAAAUUUAAUGGGGCUAAUUUACAUAGCAAUAUUCAGUAAAAUUGCCUAUUUUAAGUUUACAAUAUAAACUUUAGAUUUUGUUAAGUCACCUUGACUUUUAGAAUGGCCUGCACAUUAUCGUGAAAAAAAGCCUUGCUUGUUUUAUUGAGGUGUAAGGCUUUGUCCUAUUGCAGGGUUAAAUAGAAUAUCAGAUUUUCUUUUGGUUUGUAACCCUUCCCCUGGAUAGAAAUGAUUUAGAGAAAUGUUCAAGGACAAAUGUUCAUGAUUCUCUUUCGGCUGCCCUUGUGUGAUGUAUUGUGCCUGGCCAACAGACCUGUUAUUAAUUACAGUGUACAUGUUCACUUGGGUACUAAUUUUCUUGGUUGAAGAUUUACCUAGUAGAAAGAAUAAUACAACAUGUGAUACAAUUUCUAUCUUUGGUGUGCAUCUGUCAAUUUGCAGGUUCUAUUUUUAAAUGAAUAUCCUUUAUUUUUCUUUCUUUAAAUUCUCCAUAGUUUUUAAAUUAUGCAAAAAAAUAAGUUUGAAUAAUUUAUUUUUCCUUAAAGGGACACUGUAAGCACCCAGACCACUUCAGCUCAUUGAAGUGGUAUGGGUGCUUUGUCCCUUUUGCACUUAGUGCUGAAAUGUUAAACAUUGCAGUUCCAGAGAAACAGCAAUGUUUACAUCGGAGGGGGUGGUCUUCAAUCCAGCGCCAAGGGGUGUCAGCGAUGGGAUUAGGUAAGUAAAUAAAGGAGUUUUAACCCUUUAUUUACUGGGGGGGUGACGGGGGAAGUGAUAGUUCCAGGAAUACAGCUCUGUAUUCCUGUCACUAUAGUAUCCCUUGAAAGGGACACUAUAGUCACCAGAACUACUAAAGCUUAAUGUAGUUGUUCUGGUGUGUAUCGCCUGUCCCUGCUUGCUUUUUAAUGUAAACACUGUCUUUUCAUAAAACAGAUGAUGUUUACCUUGCAGCCUAGAGACACCUACAUAGGCAGUCACUCAGAUGGCCACUAGAGGUGAUUCCUGGGUGUGCAGCACUGACUUUCAGAGUCUCCACACUCUGCAUGGAUAUGCUGAACUUUCUUCAUAGAGAUGCAUUGAUUCAGUACAAAUAAACACAUCCAUUGGUAAUACAGAGCAUCAGACAAAAUAAAAUAUAGAGGUGGUGGGGAGGAGGGGCAUCCACAAAACUAGCUCAUGGCCUUAUUCGCCCAUACAAUCCUAACAUCUUAGGCACCAAUAUGUGUGGAUCAGAGAAAAGGCCAUCUUUAUAUUGCCGCCUAGUAACAGUAACACCUCUAAUGGCAGUCACUAGAAGUGUUUCCUGGGUCAGUGCUGCACAGUGUGCAACACUGACAUUGAGUGUCUUCAAGCCUUGCAUUGGGGCACUGAACAUUCCCCUGUAGAGAUGCAUCUCUACAGGGGAAUUUUAUGCAUCUCUACGUGCAGAUGCGGAUUGGCACAGUGCAGCAUUUCCAAUAUCCGCACAUGUGCAAUGUCCUUUGCAUUGGAUUAGCUGAGAUAAAUGAAACGAAUGAUCUCCGCCACAGACUCUGGACCAGGCAGGGACAGCUGUGAGGAGACCAGUGUAGCGUGGUGGGAAAAAGGGGAGUAGUAUCAGGAACACAUGUUUUUAUUUCUGAAACUAUAAUGUUCCUUUAAAUUUUGUUGGGAAGGGGAGGUCUUCUGUGUAUUUAAACUGAAGAAUACUAUAGCCUUUGCUGCUGCCCAAGAGUAGUGGGAGAUUGAGUUCAGGGUUAGUUUUGUGUUUGCAGAGAAUAUAUUUUUAGUAUAAAAUUACUUUCUUUAAAUGUAUAAUGCAAUUUUAAGGUGGCUCUUGUGCUGUGACAUUUCUGAGCAGUGUGAUUAGUGCAUCAAUGCUUUAUUUCCAUCUCGCCGUCCUUUCAAUGUGGUUUCUACUUGUGUUUGCAGACUAGGUUGUUACUUACUGAAUCCACCCACUUGGCUUUGUUUAUUGAAUAGUAAUGUUGCUAGGGACCGAAGGAGCAACUCAGACUUUCAUACAUUGUUUCAAUUUCUAGAGUUUAGAGGUUAAAUAGGAUUAUGUAACUGAUGUUGUUUAAAUUAAAUAAAAAUUAUAUAUCUCUAUAUUACACGCACAUAAACACUGAUCAGCCACAACAUUAAAACUACCUAACUAAAACUGUGUACGUGCCCCUCAUACUGGCAAGACAGAAUUGAUACUUUGAGACACGCACUUUACAAGACCUCUGAACUUGUCUUGUGUUAUGUGGCACCAAGACAUUAGCAGCAGAUUCUUUUGCAGGCUUCCCCAAACUCUGGCCCUCCAGAUGUUGCUGAACUACAACUCCCAUGAUUCUCAGCAUAUCUAUUUCAUUCAUAUUAUCAUGGGAGUUGUAGUUCAGCAACAUCUGGAGGGCCGGCGUUUGGAGAAGCCUGACGGAUACUAUAGUUCCAGGAAUACAAAGCUGUAUUCCUGGCACUAUCGACCCCCCUACCCAUGCUCCCUGGUAAGUAAAGGUUUAAAACUUCCCCGCAACAAGCAGGCUCUAAUGCGCAUGCACGGCAAAUGUUGCGUGCGCAUUAGACCUCCCUAAAGGAAAGCAUUGAAUCAUUUCUUUUCUAUGGGCAAACAUCUGACGCUGGAUGUCCCCAUGCAGAUCUUGAGGACGUCCAGCGUCUUGAUACCGGAACAAAGGUCCAUUUUAACCCAGGUAGCCCUCUAGUGGUUGUUUGGUAGACAGCCACUGGGGGCAGACUUAGUUUCUCUUGAACUGCAAUGUUUUACAUUGCAGCACUAAGUGCAAAAGGUACAGUGCACCGAGACCACCCAACCCAUGCCUUGGAUUUGUUGUUCCAACACAGCCCAUAGAUGCUCAGUCAUCUUAGAGGACAAUGAAACACCCUCAACUCUUUGUUCAGGAAUGGUUUGAGGAACAUGACAAUUAUUGCACUGUCAUAGGGUGCAUUAUCCUGCUGAAAGAGGCCACUGCCAUGAAGGGGUGUACAUGGUUUGCAACAAUCUCUAGGUAGGUAGUACAUGUCAACGUAAUAUCCACAUGAAUACCAGGACACAAUGUUUCCCAGCAGAACACUGACCAGAGCUACUGCCUUUGUCUUUCUGCAUUGUGUGUCCUGCUGCCAUGCCUUCUCCAGGUAAAUAACACACAUGCACCUGACCUUCCACCUGAUCUAAAAGAAAAUGUGAUUCAUCAGACCAAGCAGCCUUCUUCCAUUGCACCACGGUCCGGUUAUGAUACUCGUGUCUCCAUUAAAAGCGCUUUCAUAGGGAGACGGUAGUCGUGAUAUGCACUCUGACCGGUCUUCGGGUACUCGGCCCCUCAUGCAGCAAACUGUGAUGCACUGUGUGUUGUAUCACCUUUCUAUCGUGGUCAGCAUUGGUUUUUUUUGGGGGGGGUUUUUCAGCAAUUUGAGCUAUAGUAGCUGUUCUGUGUGAUUGGACCAGGCAGGCAAGCCUUUGCUCCCUAUGAGCAUCAAUGAGCUCCCAUGAUCCUGACACCGGUUCACUGGUUGUCCUUCCUUGCACCACUUUUGAUAAUCAAUCAAAGCUUACCAGGAACACUCAGCAAGACUUGCCAUUUUGGGGAUGCUCUGACCAUCACCUUUUGGGCCUUGUCAAAGGCACUCUGAUCUUUUUGUGUUUCCAUUUUUUUCCUGCUUCCAACACAUGAAAUAAAAGAAUUGACUAUUUACUUGCUGCCUAAUAUAUCUUCCCCCUUUGACAGACGCCAUUGUAAUUAUAUAAUCAAUGGUAUUCACUGUCAGUCAUUUUAAUGUUAUAGCUGAUCAGUGUGUGUGUAUAUGCAUGUGCAACCUCAUUCCCCCAGUAGGUGAUGAGGUAUGUUUCAACAUACAUUGCUGAAUUUAUGUUGAUAUAUUGGACAGGUGUCUCAUGGUGCUUCAGAGAUUAAGCUCACAUCCUUACACGGACAGCUACCUGUCCUGAUACAUAUAGAACAAGCACUUCCCUUGAUUUCAUAUAGAACAAGCUUAAAGCUACUUGUCCUGAUCCAUGUAGAACCAGCUUAAAGCAGUUCCUGCCUGUCCUGAUUCUUAUAGAAUCCGUUUACAGCACUGAGCUGGGAGCCAAGCCCUCGGAUAACCAUAUUGAUUCUUGCCAUUGAAGAACCUGCUCAACGUGAUUGUCACACCCUAUUUUCUAUAUCACAUGUCUUCCAUUUUCUUGCCAAACAAACUUCUACUUUGGUACUGGUUUUGUGGAGAUAAUGUUUGCAAAAUCUUGAUUUAUUUAUUUUUUUCUUUGGUUGUGACAUUCUAUGUUGGUGUCUUCUGAUAAUGGGGCAAAUGGCUUUUGUUUAUCUGUUUUAUUGUAUGCAACACAUUUUUUUGAAUGUUUUCGUACCAGUACUGUUCACUUGUAACAGAAUGAUUGAUUAAACUCUGAAGACCAGUGGCCUCUGACACAUGAGCCAUAAGAUCACUACAUUGUCUCCUGAUGCACAGCAUGACGAGACAAGAGUGUGAUGGGCUGUAGCUGUCCUGGUUCAUGAAAGCAGCUGCACUGUAGCAGCUCCCCCUGAACUUAGUCCGGUGUCUCAGGCUGGAGGAUAGCAGUGUUUAGUGCUCUUAACUCUCUGUAGUUACCUGUCUUUUGCGCAUGUAGCAGGGGCGCCUAGUCGGCAAAGAUUUCUGAGCAGAAAGGCUACCCACUUAAUUUACCAACCAGACCAUUAGCCCACAAGGUCCAGUGAGAAACAUAUGCAUUGGGAGAGGGACUGAUGUGCCAAUGGGUGCAGAUAGGCUCCUGGUGUGUACAACUACAUCUAUGCAUCUCAGGUGCGGCUAUUUUUGAGUCACAAUAUGAAUAAACCCGUCCACAGCCAAUCAGUGAGUAAUGUUAUAUCCUGCCCCCUCAUGAAAUUGCAUUGGGACAAGCAAGAAGGUGUGAAUUGGGAUAUGGAGAGAGGAGAAAAGGUAUGGGAGAGAUAAAGGACAUGGAGGGGAGAGAAUGGGCAUGGGAUUUGGGGAUGCAGAUAUAAGAUUAUGGGCGUUUGGAGGGAGGGGAAUCUCCAGUAAAGAUUACAGACAUGGGCAGGAGCUAUUGACAGAUUGAAGAAUGGGCAUGGCAGGGCGUUAUGGUCAGAUAGCCAUAUGGGCGUAAGACAAUGGGAUUGAUGACUAGAUAGCCAUAUGGGCAUGGGAGGGAUGCUCAGAUAGCCACAUGGGCUAAAAACAAAACCAUUCUGUUUUCAUGUUUAAAUUCAGUGUAUGCAUUUCGAGAUGAAUAAGUUGGUUUUCUGUUGAAGUUUGGGUACUCAGGGUCAUAGAUGUUUGCCAUUAAUGCAGUUUUAUAACUGCUUUUUUUUUUGACCCUUGACUCAAGUUUAAGAUAAGAUAUCAUAUAAAAUGGUGUUGUACUUGUCGGGUUGAAAGUACAUUUGUAUUAAAUAUUAAUAGUUUUUUCCUAUCUCUCAUGCAAUAUUGCAAAAUGCAGGAGCUUUGUUGGUGUAAUAGUUGGUAAAAUAAGGAAUGGGUAAAGAGGUAUGAGAUAUUAACAUAAAGUAUUCCCACAACCUCCCCAAUUUCAGGGCUCAACCCUACAUCACAUUAAACCAUAGCAGAUUUGUACAUUUCUCAGUCCCACCCAGAUAAAAUGGGUGAGACUGUUUUUAGUAAAAAAAAAGAAAAUCAAAUAACAUUAAUGAAUAUUGUGGAUAAUGGGUAUUUUGCAAUUAUUUAUUCAUUUGAGUCACCCAUUAUUUUCAAGAUAUUUGAGUGGUUUGACAUAAGAUCUGGCUUUUCUUGACAGCCCCCUCUGCUGCUGCAUUUCUCAUUUGCUGAGAUUGCUGUAGUGAGUCAGACAUGCCCUCUAAGCCAAUUGGUGCCACCCAAGAUAGACAUAAUUUAAAUUGAUGGUGCAGAAUUGAAUAGUCUGCAUUUGAUUGGUGUGAUAAAAUUAUUCUAGUUCUAGUUCAUAGUGCAACAAUAUGAACAGCAAUAUGUUACAUCUGCAUGGUUAAAUGUCUAAAAUAUUACAAAGAUUUACUAGAAAGAAAAUUCUUACUAAACAGAAACUUUAACGCAUCUUAUGAAUGUAAGACUGCAAAAAAUGUUUUAGUUUGUCUCCAUGGUGUAUAUGUAUAUGCAGUGAGAUGCUCUCCUUCCUAGUUUUCUCUGUUACCCGAUCGGGUUGGAUAAAGUUUCUGCAUGCCCUCGCAGGUACCCUCCCCCUAAGCUCUAUUAAACUCUACAAGGCCAAUUUAUUGUCUUAAAAAAAAAAAAAAAACACUGGCAAGCAGUAAUAUCCUGUAUAGAUUAUGUAAAAAUAUCCCAAAAACUAAUUUACUCCAUUUUAGGUUUUCAUUUCUUCAUCCUUUUUGUAGAAAUAUUUACUGGUAAAAAGAGAAUCUUCCUUAUCCUUACAACAUUUGAUCUAAAACAGGGUUAAUUUAUUGUAAAUCACUAGUUGGCAAGAUGAACUAAAAUUCAUGAUUUUAUUCAAUUUUUAUUUUUAAAUAAAUUGACAUGUAUACUGGCAAAGAACACAUACAUGCUGUUUUUUUUCUAGUUAUAUGAUUAAACAGCUUGCAAAAGCUGAGUUCAGUCUGGGCCAGAGCCACAAGCCCCCCAACACAAUAGCUUUCCAAUGCUUCUCAAUGAGUAGUUGUAUAACUUACUGAGAAGGGCUGCUUGCCACUUCUGUUAGCUCUGGAUAAAAACAGUGUUUCUGCCCCAAAUUAUAAAAGUGCAGAUUUCUAUUGAUAUGACAGUCUAUUCAAUGCACUUCAGCAAAUCUAAUCCUUUACACAUCAAAUAUAAUACUUGUUGGUUAUAUACCAUUCAAAAUAUCUAAUUUAUUAAUUAAAGGCGAACUAUCGCCAAUUAAUACCUUAAUCAUUCAUAUUUUAAAAAAACAAUGUUACUCCAACCAUCAUGACCACUUUUGGAAGUGGUCAUGGUGGUAGGAAUCUGCAGUAUUUCAGCUUGAAACAGAUCCAGCAUUAUUUGCACUUGUGUGCCGGGGGCUAGUUACAUGUCCUGGCACACAUGACUUGCUGCCUAAUGUCAAUUCUGUGUGUAAUUUACUUCUGUCGUCAGAGCGCUGUCGACACAUUUAGCGCUUCUUGUAUUUAUCUCCCCUCUGGUCCAUCCUGGACACUUAUUUUUUUUAUUUUAUUUUUUUAUUCCCUCUCCUACGGCUCAGUAAGCGCACAAAUGCCGUCUAAGCCAGUUAAAUGGUCCAUUUAAAAAAACAAAAGAGGUACCUAAAGUACUAUUCCUUAAUAGGAUAUUAUGAUUUAAAGAAAAUCAACCCUAAGGUGUUCAUUGUGUGAUUAGCAUAAUAAUGAGAUUUAAGAUCUUUUUCUGAACAGAAAUGUAUUUGUUUUUGUGAAAAAGUACCUGUUAUCUCUCUAAAGACAAAAGUUCAAUUAACAUGAAUUAAUGCAAGUAAUUUACCAAAAAUUUAAAUAUUGCAUGAAUAUAAAGCCUCAUGCUGCGUAGCUAAUCAAUAUUUAAUGCUUAUAACCUUUGGACUGUAAUGUAUCAUAAAUAGAAAACUAUCUUUAGAUGAAUUUUUCAUCCAUAAGCAUUUUAUUAAAAUACAUUUUUAUCCAUCCUAGUGUAAAAUUCUCAGAAGUAAGUUUUGUCCCCCAUAGUAAGUAUGACUUUAAAAUGGUGAAAUACUUUUUCUUGUAUGGAACGGUUCGUAGUGCUAACCAGUGUUUAUGAUAAAACCCUUGAGAUUUCUUUCCAUGUGUAUUUUCAGCAAUGCUAUCUUCCCAUGGGUUUGCCUGGUUCAUUAGUACAGGCUGAUGGUUAUAUAAGCUUGUUGGCACACCGCAAUAGUUUGUCUUUAUUCUCUGUUGUCAAACCUGUGAAUAAUGGGCACAAUUUCUUCUUUCUUAUCCAAACAGAACUCCCCUUGUGUACUGAUUGCUGCUCGACAAGCAAGCACUGCUACGGUGAGUCUCAUGCCAUUUUUGUCCCCCUCUUGUGUUGCUUUUAGAUUAUUUUUGGCAUCGGAUAGCGCAUUUCCACUUUGAAUAUAUUUUGAGAUUUAUGUGCUUCUUUUUACCCCAUUUUCUAUAGAACCUUAAGGAUGUCCUGUCAGAUCUCAUUCCCAAAGAACAAACCAGAAUCAAGAACUUCAAGCAGCAACAUGGCAAGACUGUCAUUGGUCAGAUCACUGUGGACAUGGUGGGUACAGCAUUGAUUCAAAUGCUAGGAGAUAAAUCUUGUGUCUCUGAGUUAGCAUAUGAUUUAUUUUCUUUCUUUCCAAAUGUUAAACCAAUAUUUCCCAUGAAUUUAUACUGUGAUCUUCAAAUGUCUUUAUCCCUGCCAAGACAUCGCCUGUAAAAAUUCAGAAAAUUGCACAAGUUAAAGGGACACUAUAGUCACCAGAACAGCUACAGCUUAUUAAAUUUGUUCUGGUGAGUAGAAUCAUUACCUUCAGGCCUUUUGCUGUAAACACAGUCUUUUCAGAGAAAAUGCAGUGUUUACAUUACAGCCUAAUGAUAACUACUCAAAUGGCUGCUAAAACUGCUUCAUUGGGCAGUGCUGCAGAGUAAGCAGCACUGCCUUUCAGUGUCUCCACCCUCUACAUGCAGACACUGUAUUUUCCUCAUGGAGAUGCAUUGAUCCAAUUCAUCUCUAUGAGGAGGUGCUGAUAGGCCAGGGUUGUGUUUGACUUGUGCUGACUCUGCAUCUGAUCUAGCUCCUUGACAGCCUCAGCCAAUUCUACAGUGAAGCACUGUGGCUCAGACCAGCACUUCUGAUUAUGUCAGCACACAGGGACAGUUCACAUGCUUCAGACUUGAAUACAAGUAAGAUUUUACUAUAUUUAGGGAGACAAGAGGGGACCAGGGGGGCUAGCUUGUGGUUUUAACACUAUAGGGUCAGGAAUACAGGUUUAUGUCUGACCCUAUAGUGCUCCUUUAAGUGAGAAGUCAGUUUUUUGGGGGAUUGGUCUGGCAUGACUAGAUGCUCAAUUAAUGGACAUGUUAUAUCUAUUUUUGGGGAUUAUUGUAGAAAACUUGGGUGUUAUGACCAUCCAUAAAUGUUCUGCAGUUUAAACAUUUUAAAAUCUCUUCAGUUUGAAUCUGGUCUGUGCAGACCCUCUCCCAAUAAGAUAUUUCCUGUAUGUAUAGCAGCUAGGGUUUCUUGACAAUGACAAAUGUGUAUUUUGACAUCAAAUGUUCUACUUUUUAAAGGGAUACUAUAGUCACCACUUUAGCCUCAUGAAGCAGUUUUGGUGUAUAGCUCAUGCCCUUGCAGUCUUAAUGUUCAGUUCUCAGCCAUUUUGUUUAUACAGCCCUAUUCACACCACCCUGGCCGUGACUUACACAGCAUUUCCUGUAAAGAGUCCUCUAAUGUUUAAACUUCCUUUAUUGCAUAUUCUGUUUAGCAUUUCUUUCCUCCUGCUGAGUUAUUAGCUUGCUAGGCUCUUCAGCAGUCUCCUGUGUGUGUUAUUCUAAAGUUAAAUUUGCAGAGCAGGAGAUACAAACUUUUAAAGUAAGUUACAUCAGAUUAAAAAUUAAACCUUUUUUUUUUUUUUUUUUCAUAGCAGGCUGUGUCAGUGGUGACUAUCUUGUUCAUUUAAGGGCCAUAUUGUUAUGACAUGGCAUUGACUUACUUUUUAAAAGAACACUCUAAGCAUCAGUCACUAUAACUGCUAUUGUUGUGGCUAAGAUUGUAACUUGGUGAUAAGAUAAGCCCUAGUGUAUUACAAAUUAUCCUUAAAGGGACACUUCAGCUUGCUUUAUACGUGAAGUGUGUUUUCUGUGUUUCACCCCCAAAUUUUCCAUGGUGAUAAUGGGACAUGGUUAUUGACUUGCUACAUAUUAUAUUAAAAGGACAUGUAAUGUUUUUAAAGGGACACUGUAGGCACCCAGACCACUUCAGCUAAUUGAAGUAGUCUGGGUACUGUGACCCUUUUGCACUUAGUGCUGCAAUGUAAAGCUUUACAGUUCCAGAGAACUGCAAUGUUUACAUUGCAGCUCUAAGUCUGCCCUCUGUGGCUGUCUACCAGACAGCCACUAGAGGGCUUCCAGAAUCCAAACGGACUUUUGGUCCGUUAUCUGACGCUGGACGUCCUCACGUACCUCCAGCAUCAGAUUUUCCCCAUAGGAAAGCAUUUGGGAGCUUUUUCCUCGCACAAUAGGAUCCCUUUAAGUCAGUUCAUGUUAAAUUACAAUUUAUAGACAUUUAGAAGUUUAAAAUACAUUUGUAAACGUUAUCAUGCAUUCAUAUGUUUGCUUUUAUUAGCCCAGGAUAUCUGAGUUCUUAUUGCCAAUUUGACUUGUUUUGAUUUUGUUUGAGUGUCUGGAAGCUACUUCAUGGCAAAAUGAAUACUACUUUUUAUUUUAAAUCAACAGAUUAUUUUAUAUUUGCUUUAUAUCCAUGCAUGUUGCAUUCCAUGUUAGUGCAUGCCACUUGUAACAUUUGCAACAUAUCUUUUUAUUUUAUUUUUAUGAUGUGCUUUUUAAUAGAAGAUCCUGUACUGAAAUACAGGAAGGAUUUGAGUAGAUACAAAGAAAAAAAUAACCUAUUUGUUAUGCCUUUCAGGUUUAUGGGGGCAUGAGAGGAAUGAAAGGAUUAGUCUAUGAAACAUCUGUGCUUGAUCCUGAUGAGGUAAAAAUUACCCUGAUGCAUCUUCACUUAACAGUAUACACAUUUUAUUCCCAUAAGCACUUUGUAAUCUCUGUUUCCAGGGCAUCCGUUUCCGUGGCUACAGCAUCCCUGAAUGCCAGAAGUUGCUUCCCAAGGCACCAGGAGGAGAGGAGCCACUGCCUGAGGGUCUCUUCUGGCUCUUGGUGACUGGAGAGGUGCCCACCCAAGAGCAGGUAAAUCUUGCGUGUUAAAAUUAAGGAUAUCUGCCUUUUAUUUUUUUGGUAUGUAAUCAUUUCAGAAUGGCCACGUGUUACUCUGAGCAGUAACUCUAAAUCCAUACCGACCAUAACUUUGGAUGCUUAAUCAAGAUAGUUUUCCAAAAUAAAAUACACUGAAAGCAAAUGUGGCCUAUUGUCCAGUUACAUGGCUUUGCGAAUUGUAAAAUGGUUCAUCCAAAUAAUAUUUAAUAUCCAAGGGCAGAUUUGUGCCUGAGAUACAAAGACUGAUGAUCAGUAGAGUUCUCUUAAAAUGUUUCUUGACAGAGCAUCUCUUUCUCAGAAAUUGGCCUGUAUAUACUCCAUAGUUUUGUAAAUAAGAGAAGUGAUCUAAUUCGUAUUGUGUCCACUUAUAAAGUAAAAAUUCAAACGAGGUUCCUGGUUAUCAUUUUUUUUCCCUUUUUUAAAAUGCAAAAAUAAAUCUUGCACAACAAACUCAAGUUCAUGCAACUUAUUGGCACUCUUGAAAAUCUUUGGUAGACAACUGCUACGUAUGUGAGUCUGUACCCUCUUCAGCUUUAACAGGACAAAAAAUUGUGCAUAUGUACUGGACACUUUAGAAAACUAGGCAAGCAUGAGCAUGCAUUCAGAGUGAAGAUUCAGAGGUUUCUCAAUGAGAAGCCUCUGGUUAUUUCAGUGUCAAGAGACCGAAAGGGGUGAACUUGCAAAGGCUGCAGUCAUAAGAGCUGCAGCUUUUGAAACUCUUUUUUUUUUAGAUAUAACCACAGUGAUUACAUGGUUGUAUUCAUGGGGGCAUGUCUACUCAACUAUUUUUUUUUUUUUGUGUGUGUGUGUGUGUUCAUAUGUGUAUCUACUCAACUUUAUUUAUAUUUUUUCCACCCCACAGUGCAUGUGAAAUCCACUGUGGAGUGGUCCUUUGAGUAGCCAGUCACACUAAGGAUAGAAUGCAAGAGCACAUUUUGAAAAGACAAACAGACACAUACAGGGUUAUGCACUAGAGAAUUGCAUCAAAUUCAAUGUGAAUUUGAAAUUGAAGCCUAAAAUGGCUUAACCAAAAACAGAACUGACACCGAAAUUUUUUCUAAUUUGGCUAUUUUCGUCUACGUUUUUAAUUUCACUUGGAUUUUUUGGCAGUUCUCACAUAUUAAAUAACCCUGUUAGUGUAAUUGCACAGAACGCAAGUAAGUGUUUAAAGGGACACUAUAAGCACCAAGACCACUUCAGCUCAUUGAAGUGGUCUGGGUGCCCUAUCCCAGGUCCCUUAACACUGCAAAGGUCAUUAUUGCAUUUUUUAAGAAACUGCAAUAAUUACUUUUCAGGGUUAACUCCACCUCUAGUGGCUGUCUACCUGACCAAAUAUUGUUCUCCUAACUGACGCUAGGUACCAUUGUAUAAUGCUUUUCUAUAGGGAAUUCUAAUGUGAGUGCAGCCAUUGUUGCAAGGGGAGGGGGCGAUAAGGGAGCUAUAGUUCCUUUUCCUGGCACUAUAGUUUCCCUUUAAGGAAAGGCUACAAACACACAGCAACCAGAAAAGAGCCAGGAUAGGGAUUACUCACGAGAGAGAGAGAGAGAGAGAGAAAAGUAGACAGACUACUUUUUGGGAAGAGCGGUCUGAAAAGUAGAGUUGGAACUGGUUGAAUCUAGCCACAGAGACCUGUCAGCCUUAGUAAGGAAGCGUGUAUACAUGCUCUAAUUGUCAAUAAAACGUGUGCUGGGUGUUACAUGUUAUAAAACGCAGGAGAAGAGACAGCUAUGGCUCUUGACCCUUAAAGCAGUGUUGACUUUGCCUGAUUUGAGUGUGGUUCAAAGCAGCUGGACUCAUGAGGAACUCCUUUGGCAUUAGCCCUGUAGAAGGACAUCCUCCAUCACUCAGGAUGAUGGUUCUGACAUCAUUGCUUGAAGGGACCAACAGCAUUAGUUGUGUUGGCAGACUUCUGUCACCCACUACCAGCACAACGCAUGCUCUUGGUACCCUGAAGCAGAUUUUUGUAUUGCUUAAUGUAAAAUCCUGGCAGUUUAGUUUUCAGAGAUGCAUGCGUGUGACUGCUGCUACUAGCCACGUUGUUUAGUUCGUUUUCUAAAUUCGUGAAAGGACACCUAGCUAAAUGGAUUUGUAGUGUAACAGCUAGAGGGCCUCAGUUACUCAUGCUGUGUUUUUAAUUGUGGAUUCAAUACAAGGGCAUUGACAUAAAGCAACUUGACUUUGAGGUAAUUUUGUUAAAGAACAAAGAGUGCUUUAUCUUCACAAUUAUAAUUUUUCCGUUUGGUCUGUUACACAUUAUACGUGGUCACUUUGUGCUUCGAUAACCCAGUUUUCCUUACAAAGGAAAUACGUCCAGUUUAUAUAAUGCAGGUUUUGUAACCAGGGUAACCAGUGACUGUUCUGACGGAUUCAGUUGUUUAGUAGGGAACAUUGUGCGAAACAGUAAAGAUGGUCCUGCACAGGAACAGAAAAUGAGAAUUCUACCCCAUUCCUUUAAAUAUCAUUAUAGUAGUCUUUUGUAUAAUGCUUGGUGCACAUUCAAUUACAAUAUGGACUUGCAAUUGGGGCAUUCUGUAGGAUGCACACACUCACUCUUUGCCCAAAAUGGCAAUGGUUAAACCUCAAAGCUAUCGCAUAAACUAUAGAUUACAUUACCUACUCUUUAAAGUGGACUAUGGUUUUUGUGUGUGUGUGUGUGUGUGUUUAUAGUCUACAACUUAUUGGUGGUAAAACCAGUUAAGUGUUGGGGUCUUGUUAAAGAUCAGUAGCUGAAAUUAUAUACUUCUUUUAACUUAUCUGAAUAUGAAGGUUUAUUUUAAAUCUGCAAUCAUCCUUAUAUGCUGUGCAUUUAUAUCUCCUUGUAUGUGUUCAUUGAAUAUGGAAUAACACAAUGAGUCACAACUCCUUUAGUCUUUGAAUGCAUCUUGCUUGCUUAUUAAUAUAAACAUAAUCUACAGGCUUUCGACUGUUUGCAGAAAUGUUUGUUUUAAAAGCAUUUUUUAAUUAAAAAUGUUUCUCUCUCAUUGUCAGGUCAGCUGGAUUUCUAAGGAAUGGGCUAAGAGAGCUGCCCUGCCUUCCCACGUAGUGACCAUGCUUGACAACUUUCCCACCAACUUGCACCCCAUGUCCCAGUUUAGCGCAGCCAUUACCGCCCUUAACAGUGAGAGCAACUUUGCACGAGCCUAUGCUGAAGGUGUCAACAGAUCCAAGUACUGGGAGGUAAGAGCUGUCUGGAAAAGCGAUUUUUAAAUGGGGUGCAGUGAGAACUUGAGAAUCUAAGUCAUGUUUAUCAAAUGUUAUGGACAGAUUUAAGGCUUCUAUUUUCUAACCUCUUUAUUAUUAUUCUGAACAGUGCGAUAAAAUUGUUUUAAAAUCCUGGGACUCUAAUCAUUGGGAAUUGACAUUUCACCUGUUCUCUUCCUGUAUAUUAAGAGGACCGUUUGUCUUGUUGAUACGUGAUUUAAAAAUGUAGAGGGGUAAAUUGUACAGAUCUUUGACAUGGAUGUGAGACGUCUCUGGAAUUGGACAUUCUGAGUUUCUUCCCUUGACCUACAUGGGGCAGCCCAUUGAUCCAUGAAUACCUUUUCUGCUGCCUCAUUUGUAUUUACCAGUGCGAAAAUCAUGGUAUGCCGAUGCCUGCUAUACCUUUCUCUACAAAUAAUAUUGGGGCUGUUUUGUAGGUAAUAUUUUUAUAGGUUCAUAUCAUGUUAAUGAACCAUCUUCUGCAAAUUCACUUUUUGAUUUGUAUUUUCAACAAGUGAACAUUUUCGACCAUGUUAUUAAUAAUUAUUAUUAAUCACUAGUGAUGUCCCGAACGGUUCGCCACGGACUCCAGUCAGCAGACACAUUCCAGCCAAUCAGCAGCAGACCCUCCCACCUCCUGGACAGCUCACUAAGAAUGCAGCUUCAAAAUGGAUGCUGUCCAGGAGGUGGGAGGGUCUGGGAGGGAGGGUCUGCUGGUGAUUGGCUGGAAUGUGUCUGCUUACUGGAAUCCGCGGCGAACCGUUCGGGACAUCACUAUUAAUCACUAAUAUUAGGAUAUUGUAACUGGGCUUGUUGAGUUGGGAAGUAGAUUGUUACAUUUAAUCCCUGCCUUCCCAGUGUAAAACGAGAGAUGCCCUGCACAAUACUUAUCAUAUCACUGUGUGUUGUCCCUUGUAGAAAUUAAUGGAAGUAGCAGUAGCAGUAUCUUUUUGAGUCUCUGCUGCUUUAAUGUAUUUAUUCAUUAAAUAUGGCUCGCUAGGGUCUGUGUCAAAUUGUAAGCCAGUCACUGGAGGAAGAGUAAAGCCUACUCAUGAAACCUUUUAUAGGAACAUUCAUCGGUUUUAGUUAACUUUGUGUUUAUUAGUUAUUAUAACAAGGGAAACAAAUCCAGCUUUCCCAAAUCUAGUUUUGUAUCCGUGUGCCAAUUAAGUUAGUUUAAUUUGGUAAUGUUCAUUGCCAGUGAUAAUCUCACAUCAGUAGCUAGAUUGAAAGCUCAUUAGAACAAGGUCUACUUCACCUCUUUUAUCUGGCAACAUUUCUUUUCUGUCAUUUAUUUACUUUUCCUUUUUUUCUUUUUUUUGUCUACUGUGUCAUUGUAGAAUGUUUCUGAAUAAAUGGGCGCUGUACAGCAGAGUGUUUGCACGAGGCAGUAUUGUCAAGUGCUAUUAUUGUUUUACUGUGAUACUGUUCCAUUCUCUGGGAAUGUUUUGGGGGUUUUGUUUUACUUUAAAAUCAGCAGAAAGAAUUAGCGAAGAAUUAGACUGCACAACCCAGUAGUCUGUCUUGCAUAAUGUGCUGUACAGCUCCAGUCUGUUUGCUCUUUAUUAAUAGUGUAUACAUACCAUUUUUGACAGGUGUUCUUGAUUUAUUGGUGUCAUGCUGGUAUGCCUGUAAUGUCUUGCAAUCUGUAGUUAUUUCUGUGGUUUUAUGUAGGAUAUGUAUAAUGCUAACCUUGACUUGUGCACAGUGAUCGUUUAUAUUGCUGUGAAUUUAACACCUGAGUUACACAGUUGAACCUGAGAAAACUAAUCAAAGUUAUCUCUGUAAAUGUGAAACAGACUCACAUGACUUAUCAAUGUCAUCCUGUCCUUGGAUUUCUUCCUACACCCUGGUGUAGUCACACUUAGAGUACACAGCAUGUAAAGUAUUUAAUGUAUGUGUUGGGUAAGAAGGCUUGACGCACAAUGCUGUGGGUACUUCAUGAUGUCCUAAGUGAUGGCGUUUGUAAAUUAACAUGUGAUUAAUUAAUUUCUAAUAUGAUCUUUUGACUUCAUACCAGGGUCAGAAGGAAUAAAUGUGUGUUUUUUGUUUUGUUUUUUUAAAUGAAACUGAAAGGAGCAAGCUGUCCCUACCCCUUACCCUUUUGCUCAAAAUGUGGAGUUAGAAUUUAAUGUUUGCACUUGGAUUACACUGCUUAUAAAUGGACUGUGUAUAUGAGAACAAUGAGGUUUUGUUGAUAGGUGCUAGUGUUUCCAUAACACACCAUUUUGACAUUAAAAAUGUUACUUCUUGCAGCUGAUAUAUGAAGAUUCUAUGGAUCUAAUUGCCAAACUUCCCUGUGUUGCUGCUAAAAUCUACCGUAACCUCUACCGUGAGGGAAGCAGUAUUGGAGCCAUUGAUUCUAACCUUGACUGGUCCCAUAACUUCACAAACAUGCUGGGAUACACAGAACCAGAGUUCACAGAACUUAUGAGGCUUUAUCUCACAAUCCAUAGGUAAGAAUGCUGUAUGUUCCGUUUGUAGUAACUGUUCUAUACUCAUUUGUCAGUUAAAAGGUGCAGGCUGAUUUUAUUUUAUAUACUUACAAUAAUAUCAGCCUGCACCCUUUAGCUGCAUGGGCACAUUAUUUUCCCAUUCAAACAAUCAGUGAAAAUAUAACAGUUAUUUGUGCUCAAUACCACACGCACGCAAUCUGGUUCCUAACCGAAUAAUAAUGUGCCCACCGUGCACACUAAAUCCUCCAACUGCAAUGGCAGAUCCUCCCCAUACACAGAAAAGUCACAUUCUUCCUUCAAGUCCAAUGAGACUUAUUCUGGUUUUAUUGCAUUUUCUUAUCUAUUUCAUGCUUCCUCCUUGAAGUAUAAUGGGUUUUCUGCUAUAAAAAUCUUCUAGAAGUAGUAAGCUACUGCAGACUUUAUAGAAUUUAUUACUAUCUGGUUAUGUUCCCAAUGUGUAUUAUUCUUGAUAUGCUAGCUCGCUCGUGCUUUAAAGGAACACUCUGAACACCAUCAACACUACAAAGCACUAUAGAAAAUUGGCGUUAGAAGUGCUCUGGCAAACCUGCCACUGUAACUAAUGGUUGGACUUCUUACCUGGUCACUGAUCCCUGCUUCAGUGAAAGCCACAAUCUGUCAAAGACCAGCAGUUUGGCCAAGCGUGAUUUGCUGACUCUCUGCUAAUGAGCUGGUCUUGCCUUGCAGGGCUUGGCUCCGUAAUGCCAACAGCAUCUCUGCUAGGAGCUUCUGGUUCUCAUUACCAGAAGGUAAAGUGCAGGGAAUCAGCGCCUGGCAGACCUCAGGUUAUUCUUUGAUUGCUUAGAUUGAGCGUAAACUAUAGUGGUUAUCCUGCUUGGUGUUUUCCUUUAAUAUAAGUGAAUAUUUUAUCUUAAAACUUUACUCUGGGCACCUGAAUGCAUAUGGAUACCUUCAUGUCUACCUCUUUUCAAAAAAAAAAAAAAUCCAAUUUCUUAUGCAUGGGUGUUUGUUACGCAGAUUCCCACCUCCCCUGAGCCGAUGCUUAAUGCUUUUUCGUAAAGGCGCUAGUACGGUGUUGCAGCAAUAACUUUGCCAUGUUCAUAUUCUUUAUAUCUAAAAUAAUGUACUUUAGACCCACUCUGUCAAUGUUACUCAUUUUUCUACUGCAGUGAUCAUGAAGGAGGCAAUGUUAGUGCACACACCAGUCAUUUGGUGGGCAGUGCCCUCUCCGAUCCUUACCUUUCCUUCUCGGCAGCCAUGAAUGGACUGGCAGGCCCUCUACAUGGACUGGCUAAUCAGGUAUGUUUCACAGCAAAUAGGAUCCUCUAAGCAAAUAACGGUGAGCAUCCUCUCAUGCCUUUCCCUCACUGUUGGUUUUGGAUUCCAGGAAGUACUUGUGUGGCUGACAAACCUGCAGAAAGAUUUAGGAGGGGAAGUGUCUGAUGAGCAGCUGAGAGACUACAUCUGGAACACUUUGAACUCUGGCAGGGUAUGAACACUACUAUACGUACCUUUGUUGUUUAAACUGAUGUCUAGACUAUUUCAUCAGUAAUCUUUCCUUUCAUUUUCCAUUGAAGGUCGUUCCUGGCUAUGGUCAUGCUGUGCUGAGAAAGACUGAUCCUCGAUACACGUGCCAGAGAGAGUUUGCUCUGAAACACUUGCCCAACGAUCCCAUGUUUAAACUGGUGGCUCAGCUUUAUAAGAUUGUUCCUAAUGUGUUGUUGGAGCAGGGCAAAGCAAAGAACCCAUGGCCGAAUGUGGAUGCUCACAGUGGAGUCCUACUGCAGGUUAGAAUUACAAAGUGAUAAAACAUAUUGCAAUAAUGUAGACUGGAAACUGUGGUGAAGUUAAAUCCUUUAUUGCUUCUUUAAAAAUAUUGCUGCAUAAGGCUAAGUCCCACUUAUCUGGUCUCCUCUUAUGGUUAGUGCUGGUAUAUGCAGUCACACUUUCGGCGCCGGCUGUACAGGGUCUUUGUAUGCCGAAAGGAUUUCCUAGUUCCAAACACUUCCGGGAGGCGGGGCUUAGCGGCCGGUGAGCGUUAUGACGUCAAAGCGUGAUGACGCGUUUCGCUGAGGGGUUCGGCUUCCUCAGAUCAGCUCCUUUCACACCACAGUCCCAGUUUAUAAGUCUUAAAAAGCAUUUAUAUGUGCACAUUAAGCACAUCAUUUAUAUCUUGUUCAUUAUUUGUUCUGCAAGAAAGGGCAGAAGCCUUGAGCAGCUGCCUGCAGGACACUGAAGCAAAAAUGAAUGAUGGAAAACAAAAACUAGAAUUACACACUCCUAAUAUGAGCACGCUUGCUAAUCUUUAGUCUGUCUUUGAAAAGCUGGUGUAAAUCCUUUAGGACUUUAAACACACAAAUGAUCUGUUAAGAAUGGCAUUUCUGUUUUUAACUGUAUAAUUAUUGCAUCUCUACACCGUGUAAGCCAAAUGGUUAGAAAAUAUAUAAUCUAUUAUUUAUAAACGUAAUCUUUCAUUCUAUGGAUUUAUUGGCUGCCUUAGAGAUUCUGUGUGGACGUUUGACCCAGCAUCCAUUCAGUCGAUCAAGGAAUGCUUUCUGCUUGAGACUGUUAAUGGAUUAUCUGUAGGGAUUUUGUACACACAGGUCUUUGCUUGCACAUGGUUUAGCCAGCAUGUAAAAUUAAGAAGGCUCUCUUAUCUAUCCAGCUUUCCUAUUUAAAACUUUCAGCUCAGCAGUGAACCAGACUGUGACAGAGCUCCCUGUACCUCUAGCUGGGUACCUCUGACAAGGGCCGCUUCCUAGCUGGAACAGGGGACAAACUGCAGCACUUCUGCCCAUAGUCGCCGUGGCUUGACUGGGGCCCUGGAACCACUCUCUCCUGGAGCCGAAUGGGGAACUUGCUCUAGCAACCCCCAGGCACUGGAUGACAUUCAGUCCUGGGAGCUCUAGUCCUUACAAGGACUUUCCCCGCUGAAUCAAGCACUAUAUUAAACUAUAUUCUCUCCAAGCACAAAAAGCACACAUUUCCCAAACACCCCAAAAGUACCUUUAAAAAAACAUAAAACCUCAUAAAAGUUACAUCCCCUGAGAGCCCCGAUCUGGAUGACCAGCAUAUCCAAAAAUCACCCAGAUCGGUUCAGGGGUUCUUGAAUUUCCCGGAAGUCAUAAUUUGACCGACCGUACGCAUGGUCCCCUAGCCGAAAAUAGUUCUAUAGAAUUGCGGCUAAGUGCUGCUCUGGACCGACCGGGAACCGCAAAGUCUUCAUGUUGAAAAUAGUUCCAUGGAAUUGCGGCUAAGUGAUGCUGGGGACUGACCGGGAACCGCAAAGUCCUCAUGCCGAAAAUAGUUCCAGGGCUUUCGCGGCCAAGUCCCCCUGAAGUCUCUACAGUUUUGGCCCAUGCAAACAGCCGCCAGGGAGCUAGCGUUUGGUUCUAUCCACACUAAUGGAAAGUGCUGAACCAGGGGGAAUACAGUCACUGACCUGGCCCAUAGUCAGUGGGCAGGAGGCUGGCAAGCAAGCAGGCUCCUCCAGGAGCUUGUGGCAAACUCACGAGGACAGGGGAGUUUGUCACACAGACUAUGUAUGAACUGAUAGCAGCAAAUAAACAGCUUAUCACAUAAUUACCUGCUUUCCAAAGCAAUAUGGAAUACAAUCGUCACAAUUAACCAUAAUGAGGCCACUCUUGAUUGGAGCUUGUCAUCCUGGUGUAAGGGUUGUGCCUACAAAUUGGGAAUAAUUGUCAGUUAAUUCUUGUGAUAAAUGUGAUUGGCUCUCAUAAAUGAUCAGUCAGCCGGGAAGCCAUCUACAAAACUGCAUUUAUAAGGUUACUCAUUAAAGGUUAGCUAGGCUUGGUGUUGGCUUGUGUUAGAAAUAACACAAUUUCAAUUACAGUUUAAUGCUGGUCCAUUUGAUGACAUGGCUACUGUCACGUCUCCAUAAACAAACUAUGGCAGGCCUCCAAUUUGCAGUUGCCCAAAAAGCUGGCAAUAGGGAAUAUGGUCAAUGUUGAGCUGCAGCAUAAAACAAAUCUGGGGUUGCUGAAGUAGUAGGUCUGUGAUAUUCGGCACAGGGAGAUGUUUCUGUCUCCGGUUUUUAAAUUGACAAUUAUCUAUUGAAAUCGGAUAUUACCAAAUAUGGACAAAUAUGACACUCCAGACACAUGAGCACUUUAGGAAGUAGAUGUGUAUUGUGGUGAAUUGUUUCUGUAAUUUCUUUCAUAACAAAUCUCUAAAUUUCAAAAUCAGAGUAUACCUGCAGGAAUUGCACUAUUUAAUCUCAAGUUCUAACAUUUGAAUUGUGCAUCACGAUACCCUUAAUGUAUACAAUAUGUUUGAGUAUAUGCAAUUAGAUUGUGACGCAAACACUAUUACUGUUUCUAACCUAUGCCAUUCCCUUUUUAUUUUUUUUCUUGCAGUAUUAUGGCAUGAAGGAGAUGAAUUACUACACAGUACUUUUUGGGGUGUCAAGAGCAUUGGGUGUUCUUGCUCAGCUCAUCUGGAGCAGGGCUCUUGGAUUCCCACUUGAGAGGCCCAAAUCCAUGAGUACAGAUGGUCUUAUGCAACUGGUGGGAACAAAGUCUGGUUAAUCACAACGGAAAAAGUGGCCUCGGCCCCUGUGCUGAGAGUUUAUUCAAAAGACAGUUCACCUUUUGUUUCAACAGACUGCUUUGCACCCCACCAUUUUUCUGAGCGCUGACAAGAAAACAAAUUCUGGUUAUUUAUGCUAAAAACACAUUUUUUACCCUGUAUUACUUCCCUUCAAGGCUGGGAGAUCAACUUUAAUUUAUCGAUCAGAAAGCCCAUUCUUAUCAAACACACAGAGAGCUUGGCCAUGAAAGCUGCACUGCAUAUUUUACCCUAUUUCAUAUCUGAAAGUCUUUCUUUCUACUUAUUUAUAAAUCUGAUAGAUGCAAACCUUUUCAGGAUUAUUUUUUUCUUUUUUUAUAGCGUGUAUCACACGUUGAGACCCAGCCAAUAGAUAUACUGUGAGGAAGCUUUAUGUUCUAUUGUGAUCUAUUACAGUUCUCUAAACUGUGCUAUAGACUGCAGCUGGUUGUUCUCUUAAAUGGGCUUAAAUAGGAUGUUUUGGCAAAACUCUGGUUAUCAAGAGCGUACAAGCUGCUCUAAUAGACAGCCCUACAAAGUAUUAAAAUAAAUUGAUAAGAUGCAUAAAAAGAAAUGUAAUGUUACCAGAAAUAUAAGUGGUACAUGUCUGGCAGUGUAUUGGGUCUAAAUAAUAUGUAGGGAUGCACCUUAUCAUUUGGCCACUUUGGUUCAUUACUGUCGAAGAACGGAAAAAAAAAAGUUAUUUUCUUUAAUCCUUUCCCUCGGUUUGGUUUUUAAGCAGGAUCUGUCCAGGAGCAAUAUUUUUGUUGUGGGUACCUGCAGCUUUUAUUUAGGUUUUUGUUUUUUUUGUUUUUUUUUUUCCUUGCUCUUUCUCAAAUGAAGCUUUUACUUUUAUCAGUUUGCCAGAGUUUUGUUUUAUAUGUGUAAAUUCCUGGUAAAUACCAUAUGUGAGGGAGUGAUUUUCUUUUUAUUCUUGUUUGUAUGUUAAAAGGUAAAGCCACUGUGAUGAAUUGGUUGAUUUUUAUGAGACCAUGUUUCCCCCAGAGUAAGAGCUGCUUUUGCCCCUACUUUUUUGAUGUCUGUUCUUAUUUGCUUGUGACUGUCCAGCAUCACCCAAAUUAUUUUGGUGAAAAAGACGAUUGGUGCGCUUCCAGAUAAAUUGGUUACAUGUGUCACUAGCUAGAUUGAAUUAAUUCAGAGUGUUACUGCUGCUGAAAUGUUCAAACAUGUGAUGACUUUGUAUCAGUUUGUCUCCGCAGCUAGUAUCUCAUUGUCCGAGAAAAGAGCAACCACCAUAUCCCAAGUUUAGUCUGUAAUCUUCCUCUAAAUAUUCUUUAAAAAAGAAAGAAAGGGAACCAGUUAUUAUUUUUUUUGGCUCACUGGUAAAUACACUCCUCCACAUCUACUGACUGCAUAAUACCUCCUACCCUUGUCCGUACAGAAACUAAAAUGCCAGCAAAGGCUGUGGAAAUUAUGAAUGUUCCAAAUCACAGUAUACUUAAGGUUGUUCUGUAUAAAGGCAAAAUAAAUGUUUUUAUUAACUACACUAUGUGUGAUAAUGAGUAGUGUUUCUUUUUCACACUGCAUACCUUGUAAGCUUUUAAUUGAACUAUAU